AUGGAAAAGGGCGGGAAGAGAAAAAUGAAGGAUGAUAGGGUCGGAAAAGAUGAACAGGAAGGCAACGAAAAAAAGAAAAAAAAAAGUAAAAUGGAGGCGAACCCGACAAACGAUAAGAUCCACAGCUGUCUGAACAUUCACAACAAUAUACUGAAAAAAAUGCUUAACGAGAACAAACGAAAUUUUGAAAAAAUGGACAAUGAGGAGACUAUGUACAAAAAAAUAAAGGCUAGCAUUACUUCGCUCAAUGUGUCAAGUGUUCUAAUGGACCACUAUGAUUCGUUUAUUUACUACGAAAAGAACAAAAUCGACUUCCUUCUUCCCGAGUUGGAUAAUAUAGUUAAUUCGUCCAACUUGGAUGUUCUCAAGGGCCUAAGCGAGUUAUGCUUUUACCCAAUUUACCACGAAACGCUGAGAAAAAGAGUACUCGAAUGGCUAGCCAAAGACCGUGGGAAGAAACAAAGCGAUAAGGAAGAUACCGAGAAUAUGAACAUGUCUUAUUGGUUUAGUCUGAAUCUCCUCCUGACGUAUUUGAUUUACAAAAAUGAUGAGUACUCCAGUUAUUCAUCCCUAGUUCAUCUGAAUUUGUUGCAGUGGAUGCACCUUGACAAAAGAAGGUUACACUUCCGCCUUUUUACACUGAAAGGAAUUCUCAAACGCUUCGUGACUUGCUCCUUCUACUUCAACGACCAAGGAAUGUCGAAAGUGAAGAAGGUGGACAUCGAGGAUGUGAAAAAUGAGAAAGAAUGGAUUGUCCUAAAAAAUGUAUUCAUGGCUCUACACGAAAGCAUAGAAUAUCUAGAUGUAAGCAACUUGGUGAACAUUAACGAUAAGAAUUGUAUCUUUGAGUUAAUCAAAUUUUUUCUCGAAUUAUUAAAGAAGCCACUAAUUCAUUGUAUCCAUAUAUUAUGCAUUAACUACCUCAUAAGAAUAGUGAGAAGAUGUUACGACUUGAGGUUCUCUUACAACAUCAACGUAGAGCUGUAUGACAUCGGCCCGGAGGUUAAUAUCUUUGUAAAAAUAGUGAACCUAAUUUUUGCAAAGAUAUUAUUACUCUUGAAGGAGACAAGGAUGGAAGAUAAUACAUACUCUAUUGAUCACAUUAAUAAAAUGAAUAACUUAAUUAUUUUGUUUUUCACGAACGUUGUAAACAGUUGCAUUCGAGUCAUUGUUCCUGAAGUGCUUUUUAACGAGAAGUUAAAACGGGAAUACUUGUCUGCCAGGGAAGGGACUUCAUCUGUGGAGAAUCAAGUGUUCUUCGAGGAUCAGAUUGUGGCAAAUGCAUGCAAUCCUGUGUUCUCCUUCAUCGAAAUAUUUAUCAUUAACAACCAUGACUGGAGCGAAAGGAAUCUCUUCCUCGACUUAAUCAAAACGUUAGUGAAGUUGUGCAGGAAAAUAGAAAGCAAAUACAAUAUCAUGCGAAUUAUAUGCGAUGAGUACAUGCUCUUCGUUAAGGGGGACGACAGUAAGAAGAGAGAUGCUAGAUUUUUGGAUAAGAACUAUUUAAGGGUUCGGAAAAUUAGCAAAAAGAGGAUCGACUCCAGUGCAUCUUUCACGCUGGAGGAUGAUUGCAGCUCAUCCAUGUGUUCCGAGUCGGAGGAAGAUUUAUACGAAGGGGGGGAAGCGGAGGAGUACACGAUGCCUGGCGUAUCGAGUGACGAAGCGGACAACGCCGAUCCGAUCGAUGGUGCGGAGGAAAAUCGGGAACAAAUCCCCCCAGAGAGCCACAGGAGGAAGAAGAGAAAAACGAAUAUAUGGGCAACGAAAAAUAGAAUACAAAACAGGAGAACGUCCAUCCUUGUAAUGGAUCAUAAAAGCUACACCAUCACCUACGAGUCGGUGAUGGUGAGGUAUCUUAAUAUUCUUAUAAAAUAUAUAAACUGCGAAAAGUAUCAAAUAAGGGGUAUCAUUCUGGACCUAUUCUUAGCAUUAAUGAAGAAAAAAAAAACGAACAAAAAUGAGUCGAUUUUCUUGAAAUUAUUUAAAUUAUUUUUAGAAAGGUUAGAAGACCCUAACAUGGUUGUCAGGGCAAAGGCACUAUCCAUUUUGGGAAUCUUAACGAAUAGAAAAUAUCAUGAAAAUAAUUCACUUGUCUAUAAGUUUAUAUUUAAUAAAACGAAGGAGAAGAUUAACAUGUACAAAAUAAUUUCAGGAAAUAUUCUUAGUCAUAAAAGUAACAUUCGAAAACUUACGGUGCAAUAUAUAGAGGCUAUUUUCGAAACUCUCAUAGGAAAAAAAUUAAGCUAUAAAUUAUUUUUAAUUUUUAUUUCUAAUUAUAUGUACUGUUUGUCCCUAGACGCCAUGUCAUCUGUGAGAAGACAAGUUCUUCUGACGGUUAAUAAUUUAUUUGUUAAUGCUAGUGAAGAUUUGUAUAUAGCGAAAAUGUGGCUGUCCAUCAUCUUGGUUGCCAUAACGGAUAUAGAAGAAACGGUAAAAGAUGAAGCCAUUUCAAUUUUCUUAAAUACAUUUAUAAAAUCUGCUUUUCAGUGCCCCAUUUUGAAAGCAAGCGAGAAAAGAAUAAAAGAUGUUCUGGACAAAAAUAAAAUAAUAUAUUUUAGGGGAACUCAUCAAUCACGAUCGCUCUGUUCAAGUGGGCACUGCGAUCCUGGGGAGGCUGAUCACGAGAGGGGGUCCACAUUUACCAGUGAUAUGAUAAUACCAACAGAGGGAGAUUUCCAAUCUACGGAGGAAAGAAAGAAAAGCGAAAAUAAGGAUAACAUAAAUGAGUGCGACAAAAAUAACAACGGAGUGCUACUUCUUAUAGACACAUGGAAGACUUACUUCGAUGAAGAAGUAACGAACUAUUUUCUAACCUUACUGCGGACGAUGACCAAGUACGACCUACAAAACUUCAACCUCAUUAUUUUAUGCCUCAAGCGGAAGAAGAAUAACAGUUUAGAAGAAUUUAUCAGUCUGUUAAAUUCCUUUAUGUACAACUUGCGCUACUUUUCCAUCAAAAUGUGGAAUAUUUUCUUGCUCGAUUUUGUUAUAGAAUUAUCGAAGGAGUACCGGCACAGUGUGAACAUCGGAAAUAUUCUUUUCCUCCUGAGCAGGUGCUACAGGGUGUAUCUGCUGAGCACUGCGGGGGGGAAACCUAUCCACAUGGAUAGCAGUAAUGGGGAUAGUGGUAACGAAAUGGUCAAGGAGAACGCCGGUGAGGAUCGCCUAAUCGAGGAACCCACGGACGAUAUCCUCACGAAGGAUGACUUAAUGGAUGAGGUAAGCACAUGUAGCAAGGGUGUCCUAAAAAACAUCAUGCUGAAGCUUUUUACGAUCGUUUAUAACUUACUAGAUACGAUAGAAGAGCUGAAUGAAGAUUUUAUGAAAAAUUUGGAACAUGCCAUUUUUAAUUUCAAUUGUCCUCUGUGUCUAAUUUAUAUUAUUUUAAACAUUUUGAUUAAGAAGAAAAAAGAUAACGUGAGCGAAUUUAUUGAAAAGCUAAAAUAUAAGAUUUGCUUCUUCUUCGAAAUUGUAGAAUCUGUUCCGCACGAUAUGGUUUUCUGCAACAUUUUAAUCACGUUCAUAUUUCUGAUGAAGCAUUUUAAGAAAGGCGAUAUGAUGCCAUUUUUGACCACAGCUAGCCAAAAGCUAAAAAAAAUCUACGAUCAAGCAAUAAGCAAGGGGACAGACGACCAUAACAGUAUCAUGGUAAGGAACUGUAUCUAUCUAACCCAAAGUAUUUUACUAAUAGACAAGGGAGUAAAUAUCAGAAACGAUUUAUUUUUGAACAUUGAAAGGGAUUUAAAAAAUGGAAACACCUCCAUGAAUAUGCUGAAUAAUCUAAUUAUCUUGACUUACUACAUGAUCAUAAAUUUCGGAAGUUCAUGCAACAAAUUUGUAUACAUCCUUCUACGUUUUUUCAAACAUGAAAAUAGUUUUAUUCGUUAUUUGUCUUUUUAUAUGAUAUCAAAAUUAAUAUCCGAGGAUUACAUAAAGUUUAGCAACCAUUUUUUCUUCGCAUUUUUGUACCUCCUGGCGGAUAAGAACGAAACGAUACAGAAGCAAUCCCUGUCCGUUUUUAAGCACAUCCUUUUGAUAUAUAAUAAGGCGAAUUUAAUCAACUACAUCAUUGAGUUCAUCUUUGUGCUGAAUAACUUUUACCAAUUCAAGUUGAGUAAGCAUUUGGCAAACAUGGCGAACAGUUACGAAAUAAAGGAUAAGAAGGACCGAUACAUCAUAUAUCACUUUCUCCUUGAAAACCUGAACAAUAGUGAGAAGUUUUCUCUCCAACAGAAAUUAAUUAAUGACUACCUAAUACAGUAUGUCUAUAAUUAUGAUAAUUUUUACUUCUGCGAAGAAGAUGUAAAUGAAAAGAAAAAUGGAAACAGGAGAAAUGUGAUCCCCUUGAAUGAUGAUGAUAAUGAAGGAGCCGUCUUACAAGAUGUCCUAAAUAUUUUAUCAUCCAAAUUAAUGAAAAUAAAAAUAAAAAAAGAUUUCACCAAAUUGGAAGAAAAAAACAAAAAUCUCAAAUUUAAAAAUGUGGAGAAUAGUGUUAAAGUUUUAAAUGACUUAAUGAAAAAUAUUUUAAAAAAAAAUACCCUCCCGAUUUUGUUGUCCCUGAGGGCAAUUAUGCUUAAGGCCAAAUCUUUUUUCUACAAAAAUAUAAAUAAUUUGAUUAUUUACCUUUGUCUGGAUUAUCGAGAUUCUCUAGAUGACCUAAUCCCAGAGGUUCAUGUUAGAAAUGAGAUUGCAAAUGACUUACAAAAUUUCAUCUACGUAGACUUAAUCCAAUUGCACACUGAUCAGGAUGAUCCCUUUCGGACGAACAACAAGGUCGUUAAUAUCAAUGUGAAUUUUCUGGAGUUGUCUCAAAACCAGUUCAUCGAGGAGAACCUGGAACGGGAACACCAACUUCAGAUGCAGAAAAGGCCCGCCGCUGAUUAUCACCACAGCGACAGCGAAAGCGAGUACGAGGAGGUCCACAAUGUGCUCCACGGGAUUCACGACCUUCCGGGCGAUUCCUCCAGGAAAAAGAGUGCGCGAAGUAGGCGCAAAUAA